GCCGACAUCCCGAACCGCUUUGAGCUGAAUGUGAGACGUAACGCCGUUCUGGAGGACUCGUACCGGCGCAUUCUGUCCGUCAAACGCGCUGACCUGCUGAAGGCCCGCCUCUGGGUGGAGUUUGAGGGGGAGAAGGGGCUGGACUACGGGGGCGUGGCCAGGGAAUGGUUCUUCCUGAUCUCCAAGGAAAUGUUCAACCCGUAUUAUGGGCUGUUUGAGUAUUCUGCCACGGAUAACUACACCCUACAGAUCAACCCCAACUCAGGUCUGUGUAAUGAGGACCACCUGUCCUAUUUUAAGUUCAUCGGCCGGGUGGCUGGGAUGGCCGUUUAUCACGGGAAGCUGUUGGAUGGUGAGUAACCUGUCAAGACCAAUAUAAAUACCCACAA